CUCUUGACCCUGUAUCAGUCUGUCGCACCUUCUGCUCUUCUGAAGCCAUCAUCAUUUGCCAGCAUCACCAUGCGAGCUAUUGUUUUGCUGUGUCUGUUGGAAGCAGCGUUCAUCCAAGCUAAUGACUAUUCCUGGGGUGGACCUGGGGCAAAUAGAGUCAUCGAUCCCACCACAGAAAGCCCAUGUCUCCUGGACCAGUCAUCGUGCGGCUGCUGUCUGAUGCAGCAACAGAUACACAGGAUGGGUAUGUUCUUUAACAUGAGCCUCAAUGAGGUGCAGAAGGAACUGACAAAAGCAAAGACCGCCCUCAGCAAUGUCAGAGCCAGCCGCAGUGCCUUCUCUGUCGCUCUAAACAAUAGCCCAAGAACUGUGUGCUUUGGCCCCUUCACUGCUGAUCAGGUCAUCAUGUACAAACAUGUCUUCAUUAACCUGGGAUCUGGCUACAGUUUGCAGAAUGGUAUCUUCACCGUUCCCCGCUCUGGUGUCUACAGCCUCUCCGUCACUAUCUACACCCCUUUUGGCAACCCGCACGCCUGCGCCAAUUUAAUGGUUAAUGAAAAAGUGGUAUCUGUGAUUCCUGAACAAAACGGCCAGGACGCUGAAGACAGUGCUACCAUUGUUACAACUAUGACACUGUUUGCUAAUGACAGGGUGUCUGUAAAACUGCCCAAAGGAUGCGCUGUCUGUGAUGACACCAAGCACCAUAACACUUUCACUGGCUUCCUGCUGUAUGCCACUAACUAAGUUAGCAGAUAAAGCUGUUCUGGGCUUUGUACCAGUCUUAUAAUGUUUUUGAGUCUGUUAGAUGAAAUCUGUGUGGCGACACUCAUGACUUGUAGAUUCUAAUCUCUAUCUGAUCUUUUGUACUAUCACCCAUCAACACAAUGCUGUCAUCUUUGUUUGGUUUGUUUUAUUCCAUCAUGGUUACCUGUUCUUUCUGAGAUCUUGUCAAUUAUUCAUAUUACCUUUUGAGGGGAAUGCACACAUUUUAUGUCUUUUCAUGUCACACUGUCUAAGUAUCUUGGUUGUAACAGCAGUUUAUCUUGAAAUACUGAAAUGAUGUGAUUAAUGUGAGUAAUUUUGACGAUAGAAAUAUGAAUAAUUUUAAAAAAAAAUCAUUGUACCUGAAAGUUACCAACAAA